ACAAUAUUGUCAUGCGAAAUUCAACGCAGAAGCGAUAACGUCCUACCGACAAGUGUACACCGUGUUUAACAUAUAAAUGAUGCGUUUUAGUGGCAAUAAAUUAACAUAACUGAUAAGCACUGAUAAUUUGGUGAAGGCUCCUAAAUGAUGUGUAAUCAGACUGCUUUAUUUGGAUCAAAACUUUUCGUGAAUAUAGUGAAUAUAUUCUCAUAAUUUGUGUUAUGGAAAUUAUACAUACAUAUAUACAUAGUUAGUUGCAAUUGAAUGAUGUUGCGAUUACUUUUGUCGCUGCUGAGGGGCGAACAUUGUACGCUGCUUGAAACGACAGGUGCUUUAGAGGUUAGGGUGAUUAGUUAGUUAGGCACCGUUUGAGAGCGUGGACAUUCAGCCAAGCAUUCAAAUGUCUAAUUGGUGUACGAACAUUCUCUUGAAUAAUUUAGGUCUGAAUUCUGUGGUGAGGAAGCACGCAGAAAACACAUCCAUUAGUUAAAGGAGGUGUAGCUCGAGGACUGUGCUCUAGACAAACACGAAGUAGAAACUCUGAACAACAGAACCAUAAUUGCUUCAGAAGCUCUCUACCCUAAGAGCAAAGACCAGUGAAUCGCGAGAAAAGGAUACAUUUACAGUACAAAAUCAAAAGAGAAGCUCGGCCUAUAUCCGCUAGUGCUGCAAGCGCCCUUUGGGACACUCGCAGUAACGAAUAUGAUAUAAUUAUAGUACAUUAGGAGAACAAAACCUCAUAAUCGCGACGAUGAAAUUGGAAUCAGGAAAUGUUAAGGGGUUACAAACAGCUCACUGGUUACAAAAUGUAUGGCUUAUGAGCUUUUCCAAUGAGCUUUUUAAUGGCAAUAUAAAAGAUUGAAGGGGCUUAGGGAACUAGUGAACGUGGAAUUAUAUUAAUGGAAUUGACGAUCUAAAUGUUUUUAGUAUUUUAUUUUGAAGGCUAUGAUACGGAUAGUUAGUAUAAUAAACGAGAUUGAUUGAGAUACAAUAAUAUAUUAUAAUUUGUUGCUGAAAGAAAAAGUAUUCUCACUUUAAUAAAAAUAGUUCGUCCAAUUCCAACAGCAACCGAUUCCACACUAUCGAAAAUUAACUCGAGUGUCAAUUCUCUUCAAAUAGGUAAAUUUUUAUGAUGCAGUGGUUGGGAGCGAUAAUUUUAUAAUAUGAGUACCUCAAAAUUCACUUAUGAGAUAAUGUCGUCGAGCUCUGUAAUUCGUCGCAGGUGUCCGAGACAGCUAUACCUUUGAGCGUUCACCCUUCCUACUGUUGUGUGUAUUUCAUAUAGCAACUCCAUUAUGACCAAGAUACAGUACCGAUAAUAUUUGUGAUCUUGAGAAAAAACAAAGACACAUUUUUUAAAAGCAAUAUAUAGUUCACCGGUUACAAUUUAUGCCGAUAUGGUAAAUAUGUUUACGAAUCAGACCAGGCAUAGCUCUGUAUUUGGUACAAUGAAAGGGUGACUUUUGAUGUCUCUUGAGCAUCGUAUAUCUACCAUAUAUAUCAGCAUCCAAAGGCAUAUAACGAGAUUUUCUAGAAGCGGUGUGCUUUUUCACUUCCGGUAUUUGUUUAAAAACACCAUUUUAUGCCAAGAAAGUGCACGAGUUGCAUCGAUAACCACCUCCCACUUUCAUUAUCUCCAAUCCCGUUUAAGUCACUAGUAUGGUUUGUGUUCCCUUAUACUAAUUAUAGCCGGAAGUUUUAGUCAAGUUUGCCACGAAGUUUGUAACACCCAUAAGGAAACGUCAAUAUCACAUACAAUAUUUAUAUACCUAUAUAUUUAAGUGAUCAGCGUGAUGAGCUGAGUUGAUUUAGCCAUAUCCGUCUGUUUGUCUGUUAACGCGAACUAGUCCCUCAGUUUUUGAUUUGACAAUAUAUCUUCACGAAAUUGUCAAGUCAACCGUAAAAUCAUCGAACAAAUUGUUCAGAUGUUCAAUAGUAUAUAGGUGAUAUACAAACUGACCGACCAAAAUCAUGUUCUUGCAUUAAAUUUUUUAUUUGUGAAGGAUAUUAUAUUGUAGCUUCACUGCAGCCGAAAAUAUUUUUAUUCAUCCAUUUAUAAUUCACAUAAGAAUUCGGAUACAUGACUUAAAAGCAAAGUCUUGAAAUUACUUAUGUGAGUUAGUAUUAAUUUAUAUUUAUUUUAAAUGUUAUCAAUUGUUCCCGCCCGGAAACAAAAUUUUUAUCGAGCUCCCUGUUUUUUUUAGUUUACAAAAUGUUCGUGACGAGCAAUUCGUCACCACAAUUAUGUUUGUUCGCGAAGAUAUUAUUGCUUGCUUAGUCUGCGGUACGUGACUGUCACUCUCCGCUUUACAACACUGUUUUUUCAGACAGCUGUUUUCAGUUUCUUGUAUGCGGUGUAUUAGAAUAAUUUGUGAAUUAUAGCAGACUGUAAAUAAUGCAAAUAAAAUAGUAAAUUUGUUAAAAUACAACGAAUACAAACAAGAAAUGGAUGUAAUUUUACCUUACAAUGCGCAAAACCGUGAGCAUUUCUGCAGUUCUGCUCUACAAGUUGGGUUCCAUGAAUUCGUUGCGUUGAAAUUCUUCUACACCAUGAAGGAUUCCGACUUGGACGUGUUCCAGUUAAUGGCACGUGAACGCUUGGAGCUAGUACUAUACGGCUGGGAAGUGUGCCAAGGACAUUGGGAUGAAUUGACAAACAAGGAAGAAAUAUCACCUCACUUAUGUACGGUUCUAAAACAAAUUACACAAUACUCUCUAGAUAUAUGGUUCAGCAAUGAAUGGGAAGAAUGCAAACCACAAUACAAGGCAAUGCUUUUAGUGUGUAUUAGACGGGCCAAAGAUAUCUUGAUGAAGUUGUAUGGAAAUGUCUUUGACUGGGACUACGCGUUGCAAUUAAGGAUCAAACCUUGGGGCAUACCAUAUCUGAAACAGUUUAUAGCGUGUAAUAGCAACCUCAUAAGAAGUUUGACUUACUCUAGUGAGCAUGUAGAAGCACCAGCUGCUGCCGAAGAUAUCGAACAUUUGAAAAAGGAAGGUUUGGUUUUGCUGUUAUUACGGCUCAUUAAGCUCUUUGACGCCGGAUUUUUCGAAGGUGCUCGUAAAUUAUCAAUGCGCAUUAUUGCCGCUUGGAAUCAUGAUUAUGAGGAGAUGAAGCUUCUAUCUCAACAGUCCUACCCAGAAAUAAGGGAUCAACACAAAAAGUGUUUAAUUCUUAUUUGCCAUAUUUAUCUCAUGGCCAUAUAUGAAAUGGAUGACAAUCGUGGUUUCGUUAUUGAUAAUGUGGUGAAUAACAUACGAUUUUACUACCAAAAUAUGACGGAAGUAAGGAGCGUUAACAAAAAUCCCGAAGAACAAAUGGAGUACACACCCGCCCGUUACAUAGCCAUAACCUGUAUUAAUCUAAAUAUAAGCAGUAAUGAGUUCAUUGACGCCUUCAUAUACGACUCGUACGAUGAAAACUUUGUGAGCCUAUUUGGCGUCAUAUCACAAUCGUACAUGAGCUAUCUGCUCGGCAAUUUAUUAAUGGAAAUGAAUAAAUUGAACGAGGACGAUUUCGGCAAGCGCAUUAAUGAUUUCAAACGCGUGAUGCAUCUAUACAUCAAUGAAAGAGAACGCAGUGAAGAAUUCAUGAUGCAGGAAUUGCACAAAAAAGAAAUGAAACGUCGAAGCCACAGUUUGUCCGCAACAAAGGAAAAUAUGACGGAUUUCUGCACGAAAAUGUGUAAAGGUAAUCGAUUAAGUAAUAUAGGCAGUAGUGAACAUAUGGAGGAUGGUCAGCAAGCAGUUACCACUUUGGAAGCGGAAAGCGAUCGGCUUGUAGAUUCUGUUUUCCAGCACCUGCCCAAUAAUGAGGAAGUUCUUAACUAUGUUUACACGGUGCUGGUGAAGAGGACACACAAAGGCUGGUAUUUCGCCAAGCUGAUAGUGCUUCUAAAAAUCAUUGGUUUGCAGUUGAACGCCAUCGAAACUUGGCGGUACCAUCCAGGACUAACACCCGAGUUUUUGCUGAAUCUCGAAGUGAAGCUCUCGCGGCUCUUUGAAGAUCUGGCCAUUAUAUUCCAAGAUCAUCUAUUUAUGGAACAGGAAUUUUGGUUAACUGGUUUCUAUUUGAAUCCAUGUAAGAAGUACUAUGAAACCGUUAUACGUAGUGGUAUGCGUUCGAAUCGACUUAGUCAUCGCUUCGAAACUGUCGAAAAUUAUGACGAAGAGGAGAAAUAUGAGGGAAAAAGAGAUCGCCGCGAAAAAGGUGACAGGGGCGAAAAGGUGAACGCCAUAAACGCUAAGUACGGACUGCUUAGUUCGACGAUCGAUGUGAAGGAAAUAUUAAAACUGGCCAAUCAUGAAGCGCCCGACUUUGAUUAUGGACCACUGUAUAAAGCAUUGCGUGCCUUCAAAUUGCCAGACAACACCAUUAAGGAUCUUCUGACCGUCAUCUUCUUGCCGCGAAACAAAAGUUUCGCCUGGGCUCUCGACUGGGUGGAAUUGAGGAAACGUUGCAAAACUUUACUCAAAGACGCCGACAAAAAGCGCCACUUUGUGGAGCUAAACAUGGCUGAGGCAAACGAUCGGCUAAAAUUUUUAAAAAUUGACUAUGAAAAAUACAAACACCGACCGCAGCUGGAUUAUGGCAGCAUCGAGCAGGGCUACGAGAACUCGAAUGCACCUAAUUUCAAUAAGGACAGCAGCGAUGACAACGAUGACGAGGACUCGGAGGACUUCGAAGCGGACUCUGACCUGGAUGAGCCGGCUAAACAUGAACCGAAGAAAAACGAUCACUCAGAACUUUUCGACUCGUACUUCAUGAGCACACGUCGCACCAGAGCCCGCGCUGCUGCUAUGAUCGCGAAUGUCCUGGAAAAGGAUGAUUUUACCACCAGCGCAGAUGAAGUCAAGAAUACAAACGAAACCGCAGUGGAGGAGAAAAAAGAAGCUUGUGGUGAAAAAGACGACGCCCCCACCGGCUCAACAACUGCAGCAAAUGAAUCUAAGCGAGACUUCAAUGAAAUUUUAAAAGAACGCAAGUUAUUCGAUAAUAGUACCAGCGGCUUCAGACCCUUUGCGGAUAUAUGGAGCCUAAAUUCCCAGGAAUUAAAAACCGUUGAGAAUAGAGUACUACAUUUGGAGACUGGUAACCUGUACAGCAAGUCGACCGAAUUAGAAAUGCUGAAAAUGAAGACGGCCAAACUACUUUACCAACAGCGAAAAAGGUAUAAAAUGGUCGAGGCCAUCAAAAAUGAGGGGGCUGCUAGUAAUUUGGACUUGGGAGAGAACAAAAAGACUGACGGAAGACUAAAAGAAAGCACACAGAAAGCAGAGGCGUUUAAGUGCAAACAAGAAUGCACCACCGAUGUUGAAAUGCUCGAUGACGAAAGCGACGUCUCUACAACUGCCCGUCGGGACAGUGACGAAGUUAAUGACUUCAGCAAAGAUGAGCAAGGGGAGGAUGAAAAAGACUCUCAAAAUCUCAUAAAAGCGAAUGAGCGGGUGUUGGCGCCUGUGGAGAGAACAGCGCAAGAAGAUAAUCUUAUUCAGCUUUGCAUGAAGAAGAAAUUGUGUGUUCGUUUGCGCAGACUCACAGUCGCCGAUGUGCGAAAACUACGACAACCCAGCGUACGUUUGCAGCGCAUGGAUUUGCAAGCAGUGGCCGAUCGAAUGUGCAAGCAGCGACGUGCACAACGAAGAGCGACCUACAUUGAGUCGGAUGAAACCUCAAAGUCGAGCAGCAAUUCUUUUGGAGCUGAGCGCACCUUAUUGGACACACUUAAGCGUCGCCUGUACUCAUCAGAGUCAUCCACCGAUUCGGAUGAGUAUAAACAGAAACGACGCGUAGCUCGUCCAAUGCGUGGCAGAUUUGGCAGCUCGUCGAUGCAUGCAAGAGUUCAGCGUGCGCAAUCGAAGAGCUUGAAAGUAACACCACGCAGCGCCAGUGGUUUGAAGUUUCGCAUCUCCACCAAUGAAACAAGUGGUGGCAGUGUGGCCACUACUGUAAACGCCACCAGCUUGCCCAUUAUCGAUUAUAUACAAAUAUCAUCCUCAUCGUCGUCGGAUGAAGUGGAACGCUUUGGCUCAUUGCAGACCGUACGAGAGGAAGUUGACAUAACUGCGGACCCAUUAUAUGAGGAGGAAAUACCACUAUACAGGAUUUAGUUUAAGUCGGUGAAGCGAUUUUA